UCUGUUGCGGAGAAAACAGUAACCAGAAAGGAACCCCUCUUGUAUUUACAUCAUCAUCCCACUUAUGGACUUGGAAUUUCAACUUUCACCCCACUCCUUUUCCAGUCUGAAGCUUCAAUUGCGAAACUAGGAACAUCCUCCACUCCGUUAAAUCCCGGAUCUGAAAGAGCAGUAGUAUUCAAAAUUGACAAGGAAAGUUUCUCGAGAAGUGCGGCACGCCCUUACAGCCGCCAUGGAAACCGGCGCUGGCGGCGCGAUCCACUCGGCGGCCCCUACUAUUACCACUCCCGCAGCGACCAUUACCAGUUCAGGCAACGCCGCGAUGGUUACAACGGGUUACUCCUGGAAGAAGUAUGGCCACAAGGUCCUCGCGUCCGUGGAUGUCAAACGGUUCUACUACGCGUGCGCGCAGAAGGACUCCCAUGGCUGCCCCGCCAAGAAGAUCGUCGACAAGGCCCGCAAGCGACCCCGCGGCAACGCCGCCGCAGGCUGCGACGCCGCAUCCAGCGGUGACGCCGCCGAUGCCGGCGCCGGCAUCGGUUGCGGCGGCGCAUUCUCGCCUGGGACUAGCACAGGCAGCGCUGACAACGGAAUGCGGCCCGCCUCUCCAACCCUCUCCAUGACGACCGGCGGCGGCGGCGGCGGCGGUGGGCUCUCAGGGUCUUCCUGGCAGAAUCACCCUUGGGUUUCACGCGGCGCCGGGCCAGGUUCGGCGGGCCUGAGGGACUCUGGCGAGGAGACCCCAGCUUCUACUGCUGCAGAGGCUGUGAAGGACAAGACUUGGUUCGAGAAUGCGCACAACCACCCCCCGCCUCUGCUCUCCUCCCGCCUCUCCCGCAACCGUUUUCUUGCCGCAUCGGCGGUGCCGAUGCCGGUGCCGGUUCCACCGCCAGUGCUGGCGGCGCGGUCGCCGACACGGCCGUGCCAGGGCGUGACGACUCCUGCCGGUGCGGCUGCUGGCAAUGGCGGCGUUUGGGGGCUGCCGCAACAGCUGCAAAUGCAGCAGCAGCAGCAAAUGCAACACCAACUACAGCAGCAAGUGAAGCAGCGAAUUCAGCAACAGCAACAGCAGCAGCAGCAGCAGCAAUACCAGCAGGCUCGUCCCAGUGUGGUUCAACCCCCCAGUAGUAGGAGUCGCUCAGGAGGAGGCCGUGUGGGUACCUCAGACCACAAGGCAGGCGGCCGUCUAGGCGCCUCAGAUGUCAAGCCUUGUCUGAACGCGGCACUCAGGACAGCUGAGGGCAGUGGGGAGAACCGACUGCCGCUGCUCCAGCUGCUGUCGAACCAGGAGCCGGCACCUCAGCUGCUCUUGUGCCUGGAGCCUCCCUUGACUCCCUGCGAAGCUGCCUCCGUCCAAGCCCCCACAAGCGCUUCCUCGCCGCAUGCUCUUUCCCAGCAGAGCCUGCACGGGCAACAGCAGCAGCAGCCGCAGCAGCAGCAGCAGCAAAACACCCAAUGGCUACAGCAGCAGCAGCAGCACCAGCAGCAGCAGCAAAACUACCUGUGGCAACAGCAGCAGCAGCAGCAGCAGCAGCAAAUUCAGUAUCAGGGGCAGUGCCCUCCCUCAGUGUCUGCCAGACUCCCCCCUCCGACACCGACACCCUCCUCGAAAACCGCCACGCCUCCCCCGCCUCGUCCCAUCUCCAGGCCUUCAUCCGCCGCUCUGCAGCCUGUGCUGCGUGCUGCUGCCUCCACUUGUCGCAACGCCGUGCCUACGCCUGUCGAGAGCAACGCCGCGGCACCUGCGACUGCUGCCGCUGCAGCACUUAGCCUGAGGAGCAGCAGCCCCGCUUUCUACGCUCAAAGCUCGGCGGGUGACGGCAGCAGCUGCGAGGGCCUCUCCCAGCAGGCGAAACGGCGCAAGAUAGACCCGGCGGGCUGGGAAUGCAACGUUGCCUCGAUAACCGCGUCAUACGGCCUCCCCGUGCCUGCUGCUGCUGCUUCUGCUGCUGCUCGCUGCAGUUACAACAACGAUGCUACCGCUCCUGCCUCUGCCUCCGCUCCUGCGUUUGCCUCUGUCCCUGCCUUUGCCCCUGCCUCUGCUCCUACCUCUGCUCCUGCUUCUGCUGCCGCCCCCUGUGGCAAUUACACCACCCGAGGCGGCACGGCUGUGGGUGCUCAAGCUGUGGAGCGGAACUUCAUCGACGCGUUGUCGCUGUCGUCGUCCUCCCUCUCCUCCUCCUGCUCAGUUGCCUCGCUCGUGCAUGACCUCGGGGGGGGAGGAGGGGGGCGCAUGGGAGAGGGCUGCAUGGGGGAGGGCUGUUCUCCAGGUGCCAGAGGCCUCUCCCUGGACCUGGCAGGGAAUUUUAAGCCUUUGUUCCCGGAGCUCUCUCUUAGCCUAGGGAAAAUGUAGCUACUCCCAUAUCUGAUGGGAAAGGACCUGAUGGGGUCUAACUUUUAGGCGCCUAGAAAAUGUAGCUGCCCCCAUAAGCUUAUUGGAGAGGGUGUGGUGGGGGAAGGCUGUGCUCCAGGUGUGAGGGUUUGCCUGGAUCUGGCUGGGAUUUUUUUAAGCCUCCCCCCACCCCUCCUCCAGAGCUCUCGCUUAGCCCUUGGAAAUGUGUUGCUGUUCUCUUCUGGCUUCCGCUCACCCAUUGCGUCGCUGGCAUUUACCUAGUUAAUAUUUCUUACCUGCUCUAACCCUGUAUCAGUGGUAACUUUGCUUAGU